CAGGACAUGUAUUCCUCUGAGAAACGCUGGACAGCAGAUUUGGGUGUAGUGCCUGAUCGGGACCACGUACAAAGACAUCUCCAGUCAUGGAUUCAAACCAGGAUGUAGCAGUCAAACUUGCCCAGGAGCGAGCUGAAAUAGUUGCUAAAUAUGACAGAGGACGAGAAGGUGCAGAGAUUGAGCCUUGGGAAGAUGCUGAUUACCUUGUUUACAAAGUCACGGAUAGAUUUGGCUUCUUACACGAAGAGGAGCUCCCAUAUCAUAACGCAGCUAUGGAACGGCAAAAGCACCUGGAAAUUGAAAGAACUACUAAAUGGUUGAAAAUGCUAAAAGGAUGGGAAAAAUACAAGAACACUGAAAAGUUUCAUAGGAGAAUUUACAAAGGAAUCCCACUCCAGCUCAGAGGGGAAGUCUGGGCCCUCCUCCUGGAGAUCCCGAAAAUGAAGGAAGAAACCAGAGACCUAUACAGUAAAUUAAAACACAGAGCACGGGGUUGUUCACCUGAUAUCAGACAAAUAGACCUUGAUGUCAACCGCACAUUUAGGGACCAUAUCAUGUUUAGGGACAGAUAUGGUGUGAAGCAGCAAUCCCUGUUCCACGUUCUUGCUGCAUAUUCCAUCUACAAUACGGAAGUUGGGUACUGUCAGGGGAUGAGCCAGAUCACAGCUUUACUCCUCAUGUAUAUGAAUGAAGAAGAUGCCUUCUGGGCCCUGGUCAAACUGUUCUCGGGCCCCAAACAUGCCAUGCAUGGAUUUUUUGUCCAUGGUUUUCCCAAACUCUUGAGGUUUCAAGAACAUCAUGAAAAAAUACUGAAUAAAUUUUUGUCCAAGCUUAAGCAGCACUUGGAUUCUCAAGAAAUCUACACAAGUUUUUACACAAUGAAAUGGUUUUUUCAAUGUUUCCUUGAUCGGACUCCCUUUACACUAAACCUCAGAAUAUGGGACAUCUAUAUCUUUGAAGGAGAACGAAUUCUUACUGCUAUGUCUUACACAAUCUUAAAAUUACACAGAAAACAUCUUAUGAAAUUGUCUAUGGAAGAACUUGUGGAAUUUCUUCAGGAGACCUUGGCAAAGGAUUUUUUCUUUGAAGACGACUUUGUAAUAGAGCAGCUCCAGAUUUCUAUGGUGGAACUAAAGCGGGCAAAGUUAGACCUUCCAGAACCUGGUAAAGAGGAUGAAUUUCCAAAGAAACCUUUGGGACAACUUCCCCCUGAAUCUCAAUCAGCUGGCGUCAGUCACCUGAGCAACGGACAGAGGAGUGUGGGCAGGUCAAGUCCGCAUCCGGAGGGCAGGAGAGAGAGCGGCUCGUCACCUUACAAAGCCCACGAGCAUUCCCCUCCCCGUCAAAGUAGAACAGGUACCCCCGAGAGGGCGCGGCAGCUGCAGCGGAAGUCGGUGGACGAGGAGAGUAAAAAGCUUAAAGACGAGGUGGAUUUUCAAAGGAGACUUCCAUCGGGUCCACAGGACAAUUCCAGGCAGUAUAACCACGCAGCCGCUAACCAGAAUAGCAACGCCACUUCACACGUCAGGAAGGAGUUUGUGCCCAAAUGGAAUAAGCCGUCAGAUAUCUCAGCUAUUGAGAAAACUGCCAAGUAUGCCAUUGAAGGGCGAAGUCGGGCCGCACACCCCACGCCGAGAGUCGCCGUCCCCGGUUCCGCUGAUGCGCGGCCCCCCAGCAUCAGGCAGAAGGUGAAGGUGCUGGAUGCGGAUGAAGGGAAGCGUGGCUCCACCGCCUCACAGUACGACAACGUACCCGGGGACGGUGCCAGCGCGGCCCUGGAGCAGGCGCUGGAGAGGGCGCGCUCCCAGAGCCCCCGGGGCGCGGCCUACGCUCACAGCCCCCGGAGGCACGCUGAGCCCAGCUCCAGUCCCUUCGCAGCCCCGAACGCGUUUACUUUCAAAGUACAGCCUCCAGGUUAUGCAAAACAUCCAUCCCAGUCAGACAGGGAGGAUCGAGGGGCAGCGCACCCCCCGUCUUACAGUGAGCCCCCCACUUACCAGGGCAGUUCUCCGAAACGCAUCCCUGCUGCUAACAGCAGCUUUGUGUCUCCACUGUUUCCCCACGGGACGCCAGUGAAUCCUUCCCGGAGACCUUACGGUUCUACUCUUUCGACUGAUGUUUCUCCAGAGAAAUCUUACAGCCGCCCAGCUCCUCUGGUCCAGCCGUCCAGUCGAAUAGAAGUUCUCCCUGUUGAUAUUGGUGCUGGGGGAUAUUCGGGCAAUUCAGGGUCACCAAAGAAUGGGAAAUUCCUCCUUCCUCCAGUGGAUUGUUUGCCAGAUAACGGAAAAUGGUCGGAAGUUGGUUACACAUUGAGACCGGAGAUGCACGGACAGUCGUGGACUCGUGAUGCCAACCGUAGCCACUUAAGCAGUUUACCCGAAUACCCCACCUUUCAACAUGUCCCCUAUCAGGACCACACCCUCCCUGCAGUUUCAGUAGAUAGUCCGGUGCGGUAUCGAACUUCCCCAGCUCUGGAAGAUGCCAAUUCAUCUGGGUAUCAGUAUUCAGGUCCCUCGCCUCCAGUAUAUCACUACAGGAAUCGGGAUGGACUCUGUAUCCAGGAAUCAGUAUUGCUGUGAGAAUUGAUCUGUACUUGCUGCAGACGAGAGAAUAGAAACCAUAUGAAACCAUACAUUGCUAUGUUGAUAAUUGCCAAAGCAGUAUUUUAUACAGUUGUGAACAACUCGCACAAUUCUCUUGUAUGUCAGUAAUAAGAGUAUAUGGAAGUGAUUUCAUCCCCACCUAGAUGCUGCUUAAGAUGAGCUUUUAACUUGCAUCAUCACUGAACCUGUUAAAAAGAAUUUAACCUGGAAACAUAGCAAUAGUAUUUAGGGAUGCACGCACGGUUUCAUUUAUAUCUUUCUCCAAAAUCUGAAUAUUUGUACUCUGUUAGCCCAUUCUAUUUUGAGUAAUGAUACAAAGCACUGAAAAACUGUAGAAUAGAUAUUUUUAAGGCUAUGUGUAGUGUACGUGUCUUUCAAUAGAUACUAUAUGCAUCUACGCAUACACGUUUGAACACAGAACUAAAGAAAUGUUUAAAAAAAAAAAAACAACUACUUUUCAUCUAGAUCCAUGGAAUAAUUUAUUCUUCUUCUUUUCCCUACCUUGUCUUUUGGUCAAGUUUUUUUUUCCCCCCCUUAUAUUUUUAACCCAGGUCCUAAACCGACUUGAGGGUUUGCCCUGGCUUAAUUCAGCAUCUCACGGAAUGCCCAGCUUUCUCGUUCAGUUGCUCAUUCAGUUUUCAAUCUGAAAAUGAAAGACAUUGGAGAGAAAGGCUAACCACUUAAUGGUGCUUAAAAUCGGGGCAGUUUAGUUUUAUGACCAAAGGUGCAGCACGCAAUGUAUCCGUGUUCACUGAGAGAUCAGCUUUCGUGCGUCUGUGCCCUUUUUUCUGGUCUGACCCUCGCAAAGCUCAGGGCAGAGUGUUCCUUGCCAGAUGCCCAGGAAGUGUACACACAGCCCUCCGGCGGACGCCAGCAGGAGAAGCUGCAAGCUACUGAUCAUCAAGCACUCACACGGGGCAGCAGAACAAAUUCCUUUACACUCAUUUGAAAGCAAGAUUAACAAUAUGGUUACUUCUUACUUCUCCCCCUUAAAUUACUGUGGAGUCUCCCCGCAAAGGGCCCCGGGGUGGCAUUCACAUGGUCUUUUCCUGGCCCUCUUCUUUAAAGAAUGUAGUCAGUGAAUAUUGCUGCUCGUAGGCCAUUAAAUUAUAUCUGUGUAAAAUUGUAAAAAAUGAUCCUAAUUAUUACUAGGAACCUCAGAUUUUGGUGGUUUUUCUUUUUUUUAAAU